AUGUGCUUAGGGUUUUGGAGCCAGGAAAAGAUCUCCCCCAGAGAUUCCUAGUCUCUUGGGGAGUAUGCUUUUUUUCUUCUGACCUUCAUAAUAACAGAGGUCUAGUCGGUGUCCGCGGCCACGGUGGAAGGGAUCGUCGCGAGUUGAUUACGUUACAACCAAACGCUGUCGGCGCCGAAUCGGUUUCUAACAAGAACUUUAUAAAUGAUUAAUUCAAACCAAGGGUAGGAGUCGCGAGACCCUUCAAUUUCUCAGAGAAAACAAGUUUUGUGUGCCAAAGUUCUCUGCCCCAGCGGUCUGUCACCGAAGUUCAACCGGCACCUGGUCUUAAGGUGCCGCGGCACUGCGCGUGCGCGAGCUACUGUCAAACGCGCUGACCAAGGCGGACAGGAAAAAAGGCGGGAGCCGCCAAUCCCAAGUGGAGCAAAAUGGCGCAAGAAAAUGAGAUGCAGGAGUUCACGCGGAGUUUCUUCCGAGGCCGACCUGACCUCAGCACGCUCACGCACUCCAUCGUGCGGCGGAAGUUCUUGGCUCAAGUGGGCCGCAAUCAUCUGAAACCCGAAGAGAAGCAGGUGCUGAAGAGGCUGGUGGAGGAAGAGCUGCUGAAGAUGCAGGUGGAUGAAGCUGGUUCUAGGGAAGAGAAGCUAGACCUUACCAAAAAGGUGAAGAGGCCUCCCACCCCCUGCAGUGACCCAGACAGCAAAAGGUUCCGCUUCAAUUCAGAGUCAGAAUCCAGCUCUGCAGCCUCCAGUCCUGACUCCUUUGGAUCCCCAACAAAGAAUGGGACGGCAGCAGCAGAAGUCAGCCCAGCCAAGGAAGAGAAGGGUCCAAGUCAAGCCUUAAAGAAAGUGGUUGAGAGCAGUGAUGAGGAACAGCAAGGAGACCUGACUGCAAAUAUGGGAAUAGAGAACAGUGAGGAGGAAGAGGGUUCUGUCAGAACCAGUAAGGUUUGGAAGGAAGGGAGCAGUGAGGAAGAUGAGAAAAAAGAAUACAAGGGAAGGACUAGGAAGAAACCUGGGAUCAAGAACAAACAGGCAUCAGGCAAGGCCUCAGCCAGGAAGAAGCAGGCCAGAGAAGAAAGGGAGGACAGUGAGGAAGAACCUGUCCAGAGAAUAGCAAAGAAGGCAGGGGGAAAUAGAGGGGCUCCAAGCCACCAGGAAAAUGAAAAGGAGAGUGAGGAGGAAGAGAUUGUGGCCAAGAAAGAGAGCAGGGAGGAGAAGGAGGUGGAGGAGGAGGAAUGGAAGCCUGGAGCCAGAGGCAAUGGAGGGGAAAGAUCAGCUUGGGAGGGGAGAAGCUGUAAGCAGAAAAGCAGGGCAGGGAGGCAAACGAAAGACUGGGAGGACAGCGGGGAUGAGAAAGAGGCAGUGGACAGUGGGGAGGACAGUGGGGAGGAUGAGGAGCCUCUAGUGCAUUGGAAGAGCAAGGACAGGACCCAGUGUAAGGGUGGUCAGAGUCAGAGCGGAAGCAAUGAGGAUGGAGAAGACAGAGGGAAGGUGCAAUCACCUGCCCAACUGGGCAGUGUCAACGGUGAGGAGAGUGACUUGGAGAGGGAAGUGAGUGACAGCGAGGCAGGAGAGAGCCCCAAGGGGGAAAGGAAAAACCGCUCAUCUAAGAAGAGCUCCAAGAAAGGCAGGACACGAAACUCUUCUUCCUCCUCGGAUGGAAGUCCAGAUCCUAAAGGCAGGAAGGCUACCUCUGGUCGCCGUGGAGAGGACCACCCAGCUGUGAUGAGGCUAAAACGCUACAUCCGGGCCUGCGGUGCUCAUCGAAACUAUAAGAAGCUGCUGGGCUCCUGUCGCUCACACAAGGAGCGUCUGAGUGUCCUCCGGGCUGAGCUGGAAGCCCUGGGAAUGAAGGGUAACCCUUCCUUAGAGAAGUGUAGGGCCCUGAAGGAACAGCGGGAAGAGGCAGCAGAGGUAGCUUCCCUGGAUGUUUCCAACAUCAUCAGUAGUUCAGGCCGGCCACGCAGACGUACAGCCUGGAACCCUUCAGGAGAAGCAGUCCCACCAGGGGAGCUAUACCGCAGAACACUGGACUCAGAGGAGGAGCGGCCCCGUCAGGCACCCCCAGACUGGUCACAUAUGCGUGGCAUCAUCAGCAGUGAUGCAGAGAGUAACUAAGCUUCCCUGUCCCCCAGGAGGAACCCUUUCUAUGUGUACAAAGUGUGUGUGGCACCUCCUACUCUAAACCUGCACAGACCAGGACCAGAGAAGACUGCAGCCCCCAUGGACAUAAGUUGUUCAGACACUACUUCUCAGCUUCACAUUCUCGGUUUAAAGUGUUUACAGGGGUUUAUUUUUAAAAGACUCAAUAAAGGAAUGUUUGUAAUUAC